UCCUGUCACAACGACGACGGUCCACUCCGGUUCCACCAUGAUCAGUGUGGCAUGUUGUACCCAAAACAGACUUUAAGGAUAUCCGAAUUGACAUUUUGUUAGUACAUGUAUUAGCAGUGCAGUGAUACGGGGGUAUACAUAUAUAUUAAUAGACUUAGCUGUAUAAAGCAAAACGUUCAAAGAAAAGGCGAGUUUUGUCAACAGCAGGAGUGCUGCUCUUGCGUUGUUGAUGUGUGGUCUGUGUGAGCUGGCUGACCGAGGGGUAGGGUCCCGUCCAGACUGGAAAACAGAGGCAGGGCGACUCCGAGACAACAGAUAAGAGACCCCGAGGUAGCGAGCGGACGGGAGGCAUGCUGCUCUUCUUCAGGAAGAGGAAGCCCAGCGAGGAGUCGAGGAAGAGGCUUGAACACCAGCUGUGCCUGGCCAAGGAAGCUGGAGCCGAUGACGUCCUGGAUAUCUCUGGGUGCGAGCUGUCAGAGAUCCCAGCCAGUGUCUUUUCGACAUGCAAGGUGCUGCAGAAGAAGGUGUUUAUUGUUCAUGACAAUCAGCUGACAUCUCUGGUGCCCAAAUCCUGCAGCAUCACCAGCCUGGUCACUCUAAAGGUGCUGGAUCUUCAUGAGAACAAGCUGACAUCACUUCCUGCUGACCUGGGGCAGCUGCGCUCCCUGCAGGUGCUGAAUGUGGAGAGGAACCAGCUGCAGUGUCUCCCAGAGUCCAUUGGUGAACUGUCCCAGCUGCAGACACUCAGUGUGAGAGGGAACUGUUUGUCCGAGCUGCCCACCUCCCUGGGGCGCAUGAGGAGCCUGCGGACCCUUGACCUCAGCGAGAACAAAGUGAGGGAGCUGCCCACCGAGCUGGCCAGCGUCCGCACACUGGAGACCCUGACUCUGGACGCUGCUGCCAUGACCUUCCCCCCGGCCAGUGUGUGUGCAGGAGGCACCGAGGCCAUCCAGCAGUUCCUCUGCGCAGAGCUGGGGGUGGAGUACUGCCCUCCCUCUCAGUACCUGCUGUCUGUGCUGGAGAGGAAGGAGGGGGCUGCGCUGGAGGACUGUGUGGAUGGGGGGAGCUCCUCACCAGUGCAGGAGGAGAUGAUCUGGCAGAACAAGUUCCAGGACUACGAGAAAAGAAAGGAGCAGAAGAAUCUGGAGAAGCUGGAGUUUGAGCGUCGGCUGGGCGAGGAGCAGAGGGAACAUGCCCAGCUCAUCCAGCUAAACAACUCCCACAAGGAGGACGUCCUGCACUCCGUCAAACAGGAGCAUCAGCGGCUGGAGGCGGGGCUAUGCCAUCAGCGGAGGGUCCUGGAGGCGGAGCGUCACAGGCUGAUGCACCAAUUGAAAGUGGCGGAGGAGAGCAUCACAGGGCGGAUCAAGAGCCUGCUGAUGCAGAACCAGAGACAGAAGAAGGGUGCUGAGCUGCUGCAGACCUUGGAGAAGGAGAGAGUGCGCACGGAGCGACUGACCGCCAUCACACAGGAAGAGGCGGAGCGUCUGCGCAGGAAGGAGGUGGCAGCCGCUAUGCAGCAGAUGCUGUCGGAGAGCUACUCCAUCAGACUGAUCCAGGAGGCGUGCGACUCCCGCAGGCAGAGCCUCGUCUCGGAGACCUGCAGCAGUCUGGGCCAGAUGGACAGGAUGUUUGAGCAGGUCCUGUCUCUACAGCAGCUGGAUCAGAGCAAAGCCCUCCGUCACAUCCUUCAGGAGGAGGAGAUGCAGAAGGCAGCGUUCGAAGCCAUGCAGCUUCAGAAGGACGGAAUGCACAGAUACAUCCGGAACCAGAUUAAGUUAAUAGAGGCUGAAUUAAUGCAGCUGACAAAGCUGGAGGUAAAGAGGCGUGAUCUGGACACUGAGAACCUACAGGAAGUGCUGUCCGACCAGCGCAGCGCCCUCGCUGACCUCCUGCAGCAGCUCCUCAAACAGAAGGACCAGCGCGAGACGGAGCUCCGCGACAUCCUGGUUGAGAUGCAGCAGAAGAGUGAGGCCAGUCAGGAGAAUUACUGGAUGAUCCAAUACCAGAGGCUGCUGGACGCCAAGCCACAGUCCCUCCAAGUGCAGGAAGCCGGUCUGCAGCAGGGCUUGGUUGAUCUGCUCGUUGGGCUCUCUGCUCAGCACUACCUGCCCAUCCUGGCACACCACCGUGUUUCCACAGAGACGCUGCGGGGUCUGAGUGCGGCUGACCUCAAGCAGAUGGGGAUCAGCGAGGUGGGGGUGCAGCGGGCUCUGCUCAGCUGGGCUCAGGAGCAGGGGCCCACAGCGCUGCCAGAGCCCUCAAAGGCAGUGGAGAAGGAGGUUGAUCAGGAGGGGGAGAGGGAGUCACCGCCCAGCCCACACCCACCCCCCAGCGCCCCCAGCGCCCUGGAGGGAGGGGGGCAAUCGGAGUGUGUGGUCUGCAUGGAACGUGAGUCCCAGAUCAUCUUCCUGGCCUGCGGUCACGCGUGUUGCUGCUCCAGCUGCAGCGAGGCCCUGCGGAGCUGCCCGCUGUGCCGCGGUGACAUCGCACAGCGCAUCCGCAUCUACAGGCACUAGGGGGCGCUACACCACUGGACACACACUGCACUUUAUAUCUGCCGGCAUGAAGCCGCCGAUGUUAUCUUUUGAGGUCCUCUCCUGUCUUAACUAGUCGUUGGGCUGGGGGACUGGGGGGGGGUAUUUGGUGACGGAACGUCCUGCAGUGCGGUCUUGGGUAAGAGGGGCUCUCCUGUAUAAACGGUUGAAGUGGCUCUCUUCCUAAACUGGUUGUAUUUCCCUUUAACUCUAAUGUAUGAAGUGUAGCCAGCUUUCCAUACAAGUGCUCUUAAAAAAAAUCUUUUAAUCAAAUAUGUUGUUGUGAACACUGCAUGGGACCUAGUGUUUGUGUACUCUGUCUUGUGUAUUAAUACUAAUAACAUCUAUUUAUAUAGGAUGUUAAUUUUAAACUACUGUUGCGAAUAUGAUUGGGGGGGUCCAAACCUGGCCAUGUUUUGCAAAAAUAGCAAAAAAAUAAAAGCUGGAUGUAAUCUAGUUGCUAAGGCUCAAGCAAUGGGAACUUGUUUUACCAGACCCCCGUGUUUCCUUGAUGUACAUCCUCGCAUGCUCACACGAGCAGGUGCAGCUCGUGGGAGUGACUCUGUCCGGUAUCCGACACACAGUGUCUGUGGACUGCGCCACUUCUGCUGCUUUGAGCCAAGCUCAGAUCUCUGGAACUCAGUGGAGUUACUCGGGCUCUUCUGCUGAUGAUCAGCAGGGUUAGAAACUCACAGUACACCUGCACCCAGCCCUUUUGUUUUAGAUCCGUUCUUGAAACGAUCAGAUCUUCAUGCUGAAUCAGUCUCUAAACCUGUAGGUUUGCUAUCAGCUCAUACGGCUAGAGGGGAGCUGUGUUAAAGAGGGAGGCUCAAACUCCUGCCUGCUGAUAACUGAAACGAUUGAGGGUGUUUCUGAAAGACAGGACUGGGUGCAAGUGUCUUAAGAUUCUCCUGCACUCCCUGCAUCGCCCCAGCCUGUUCUGUAUUAGAUGCAUGAGCCUGCAUGAAUUCACUGCCCUGCCCUCCAUUUGCUGAUAAAUAAGGGGUGCUGGUGAUUUCUAGAGCGAGCUGGCUACUUUGCGUUUCAUUAUUUUAAUGUAAAGGCUAUGAGUCCAUGAGAGGGAAGCCUACGAGUGACGCACAGUGAAAUAUGGAGCUGCACUGUGGCUGGUGUUUUUAUAUGUAAUGGAAUUACCAUACAGCAAUAUUUGCAGGAUUGAGCUUUUCCAUUGUGCUGUUCUGAUCAUUUCCAUGCGACUCGACUCUUAUGUCCUGUAGACCCCCUUAUGCAAUUUGUGCUCAUUUUAAGGUAUUUUUUUUUUCUCUUCUUAGUUUGCAUCCAUUGUUUUUGAUAUCAGAGCCAUCUCUAAACAAUGCAGUCUUUGAGUCUGUGUCUCAUAAUGCUGCGCUGCACUCUGAAAAUAGGAGCAGCAGCAGCUCUCUCUCACUGGCUGUGGGGUAGACCUGGAAUCUCAUGAUCCUUCUCUCAAGGUCUAUCACAGAGCUUCAGCUGAACAAAUCCGCCAGCGAACUUGUGAAAUGAUCCUGUGUCCAAACACAUAUAUCUACUCUGUUUUUUUCCUGUAUUUUUUUUUAUACUUUGUAAGUGUUGUAUGAAUUGGUUUUAUAUACCUGCAUGUAUAAAAAUCCAGUUAUUUAAA